AUGCGUCGCAAUCAAAUGCGGAAAGGUGGCCUUAAGCGGGGGCGUCAGGAGGACACUUGGGCGGCCGACGCGCGUGAUGUCUCGACCUUGGCAAACGAUGCGUUUAACCGCUAUUACAAGACGAAUGUGGUGGGGGAGGCGGAGUGGGAUGCGUUUAUGGAGGCGCUUCGCCGUGCGCUGCCCAUGGCUUUCCGUGUGCAUCCAUCUUUGUCAUGCGCUGACGCCGUUCUUGAAUACCUGAAGUCCCGCCUGAGUAGUGUACUGCCAGUGACGCAACUCCCUUUCGUUACUGAGGGUGCAGCACUGCAGUGUGCCGUCUCUCGUGGGGAGCUUAAGCGCAGCGUGGAAUUGAAGGCAUUAAAGAAGAUAAUUGCUGCAAUGAAUGAGGGUGGCUACCUGACCCGUCAAGAGGCAGUAAGUAUGCUACCUCCAGUGCUACUUCAAGUGCGUCCAGGCCACCGUGUGCUGGACAUGUGCGCGGCACCCGGGAGUAAAACCUCACAAAUCCUUGAAGCUCUUCUUUCUUCUGCGGAGGAUGGUGUUGUGGUGGCAAAUGAUAUUAAUACCUCACGGCUUGAUGUCCUUUUGCAUCAGACGAACCGCUCAGCCGGUGCACACGCACAUUUGAUUGUGACGAACCAUGAUGCAACACAAUUUCCCCUGUUACCGUCGGAGGACAAGUUUGAUCGCGUGCUGUGCGAUGUGAUGUGCUCUGGUGACGGCACGCUGAGGAAGUCAGUGGAUAUGUGGCCCCGUUGGAAUACCCUUCUUGGCGCCAACCUGCACAGUACUCAGAUUCGGGUCCUGCUACGUGGAAUGAUGCUUUGCAAGAAGGGGGGCAUAGUAGUCUACUCCACCUGCAGUCUAAACCCUGUGGAGGAUGAGGCUGUUGUGUCGGAGUGCCUUGUCCAGUCUAAAAACACGUUCCGAUUGAUUGAUCCCACCCCGCUCGCGCCUGGUCUCGUGGCGGCCCCAGGCUUGAAGGAUUGGUCGCUGCUCACGAGGGACCUCACAACGAGGUUGCACACGAUGGAGGAGGCUCAGACGUUUUGUGCAAGAGACUCAAGGAACGGAUUUUCUUACGUUGCCUCCAUGUUCCCCAACAGUGCGCGUUUGCAGGAGCAAAAUAUACACUACACUAAACGUGUUCUACCGCACCUUCAGGAUACAGGCGGUUUUUUUGUCGCGGUAAUGGAGUGCCUUGAGGAGUAUCCAACUCCUACUGCCGCCCCCACUUCUUCCUCUUCCUUCCAUGGGAAGGGCGAGAUGCUUAAGCCUCUUUCACCUCUGCUACAGGAAGAGGUGCAGGCUGCUUUGGGUCUUCCUGAUUCUUUUCCGGGAGACCAACUAUUUGUUCGGAAUGAGACCGCGCGUGAACAGAAAAUUUACUUUGCGAAUAAGGCUGUGUGUGCCAUCCUCCCCAAACUUGGACCUCGUGUUGUACACGUGGGAUCCAAGGUAUUCGAAUCCUACGUGAAGUACAGUAACAAUAAGCUUAGGUUUAGCGCUGAAGGUGUUGGUGUGCUAGUUCCUUUACUGCCUCCUUCCUUUAUUGUGGAGAUUAGCCCGGAGACGGUGCUGCAACUCAGUCAGAGUAAGCUGGCCGCGACAUCACUCCCGCAGCUUCCGCCAAAUCACAGUUUUGUAUUUAAAUCAGACAUGACGGUUGCAGGUGCGGUGUACAUCGCGGCGGAGAGGGUGGGGUUGGGUCAAAUCGCGGCAAAGGUUGCUGACUGGCAGGUCACACUGGCCAAGCUAACACUUGGGCAACCGCUGGUGGAGGGCAACGAAGAAGCCGGCGUGGACGCGGUUCGAGUUGAAGGUGAUGGCGAGCCUUGA